GGAUCCUCUUGUCUCCCUACAGAGGAUGCACAUGCUUUUGUCCUAGGCUGGUGAGUGGAUGGGAGAGGCUGCUGGCUCCAGAGCCUGCAUGCCUGGCAAGACUACUUUUCUAGGCAUCCCUAGGUUAAGCGCUGCCAGAAAUCUCUGAGGGAGAUAGACAGAACGGGGAGGCCUGUAAUAGAAAUGGAAAUAGAGGUGGAUAUCUGGUUCAUGAUGAUCAAAAGGACAGAGUGCAUCCUCACUUGCUGAUGUCAUACUUGGCUAGUAUCAUGGUAGGUAAUAUAUAGUACUAAGAUAGGUAAUAUAUUUUAGUCACGGUCACACCCAUUCUGAGCAGACAAUUUUUUUUAGCUCCAUUUCCCAACUAGGUAUCAGAAACUCACUUGAGAUCAUGUGGUGGCUGAACUAGGCCUACAACUCAGGACUGGCUCCUAAACCCAUGUACUUUACCCUACCUGAGGGUCCCUGAUCUACCUCAUAGUUAAUUCAGAGAAACCCUACCCUACCCUUAAAAUGUCUAAAUUUCAAAUAAUUGUUUCCAGUUAUUUGUUGUGGGUGAUGGGUUGUGGACAGUCCGUGUGUUUUUGUUUGAUCCCUGUUGUCAUAUUUCUUGGAUAUGAGCUAGGUAUGUAGUGAUUCUGUGUUUUCAGUUUUGAGGAACUAAUGAACCAUUUUUUGGUGAGGAUGUACUGCUUUGUGCUGUUGAGUCUCUUCAGUGACGGUUUGUUUUUAAGUAGAGCAGGUUCACAGGGAUUUGAAGAUUAAGAACAGAGAAUUCCCAUCUGUUUCCUGCCACUGGCCCCAUGUUGGCCUCCCUCACUGUGGAACAUUUGUUACCUCAGUAGAGAAACACUGAUAAGUAUAACUGUAUCUCUCAGUAUGCAGUGGGCCAUACUUCUCUUGUUUUGAUUUCUGCUUGAAGUUGUCACAUAGUUCCUUUCCCUUCUGGCUCUUUGCUGAUACUUCAUGUUUUUUGUUUCUUGUUCACAGUUGUAUAAGCAUUUUUCUGAUGGCUGCUUAAAACUGUCAGUUCAUCUGCCUCCCUAUAAUCCCUGAAUUGGUGUCUAAUGAGCAUCUUUUCUAACGCAAAUUGAGGUCUUUAUAGUUUUUCACAGGUCAGAUGAUUAUGGAUUUUUUUUCCUGGACAUGGUGGCUAGUAUUUGGAUCUAGUUAAAUUUCAUGGAGAGUUGAGAUCCAUGUAUUCCAGCAGACUUGCUUUAGUUUAUGCAGCCAGGUCCACCCCUCCUCUCUGGCCUGAACUUCCACUGUCAGCUCACCUUCUUACCAUUCAUCCUGUAUGCGCCACCCAGUGGUGAACCUGAGUCCUGGGCCUGGCUUUUCUCCUGGCUUAGUAGUCAUUCAGCUGUGCAGAGAGGGCUGGUUCAGACUUUCUGAAACUGAUUUAUGUAGUCAUUUUCUCCAUCUCUUUCUUCUAUGCCAUAUCUCUAAGGCUUUCAGUUCCCCUAUCCUCUAGCUACAAACCAUUUGCAUGAUUGAUACAAUAACAAUAGGGCACAGAGGAAAAGCUAGCAAGAGGUUCACGGAAAGAUGCUUUUUAUCACUGAUCACAAGAGCAAUGAAAAUUACGACUGCAAUGUUAUGCUCCACUCAUACCAUGAUGUCUAGAGUUAGAAGGAAAAUAACACAGGCUAACAAGGAUGGUGAGACAGGAACCCUCAUACAUUCCUAGUAGAGACAUAAAAUUGUGCAGCUACUGUAGAAGACAGUUAACACACAUGUACCAGAAUUCACUGUGAAUGCUCAUAGUGGCUCAGAAGUAGAAGUGCCCCUAAUGCCCAUUAACUAGUAAGAUAAUUUUCAAGAAAGAAGACAUCACAGCUACAUGUGACAACGUAGAUGAUCUUUGAGGAUGUUUAUGCUAAGUGAAAAGCAGUCAGCUAAAUGGUAGUAUAAGGUCAUAAGAAAAGGUCACAAGAUUCCUUAUGUGUAGACUGUUGAGAAGAGGCGAAUCCAUCAAGAAAGAUAGGUGCAUAGUGAUUGCUAGGGGCUCAGGUAGGAGGCAAUAAGAAAUGAGUGUUAAUGGGUCUAGAAUUUGUUUUGGGGGUUCUAGAUAUGUUUCUAAAAUGUGACCAUAGGGAUGGAAAGAUGAUUCAGUGGUUAAGAGUACUCGCUUCUCUUUCAAAAGAUAGGUUUAGAGUUGGUUAGAGUCCCACCCAGCCUCCACAUGGUUGCUCACAACCACUUGUAACUCCAUUUCCAGGGGAUAUAAUGGCCUUUUCUCACCUCCUUGGGUACUUUACACAUGUGGUACACAGAUAUACAUUCAGGCAAAACAGCCAGACACAUAGCAUAAGUAAAUAAAUUUGUAAAAAAUUGACUAUGGUGAUGGCCAUUUUGCUCUUUGACUAUCCUAACUGUAAUGUCACUAUACACUUUCAAAUUUGUGGACUGAAUUAAAUUUUAGCAAACUGAAACAAAAAAAAAACAGUAUAUCUAAAUGAAAAAAGAACGUCUAGGAAAAUAGCAAGUACAAAGGCCCUGGGGUGGUCUGUGCUUGCUGUGCUUAGACAACUGUUAAAAGGCUGAUUAGGCUAGAGCCGAAUGAAAACAAGGGAAGGGAAUAGAACAGAUUGGGCAGAUGUGAUGGCCUUUGUAGGCCAGAGAAGGGUUUAGUGUGUGUAAGGUGGUAGCCUAGGGAACUUGGAGCUAAGGAACAGGGAUUUCUAUUUCAUCUGACAGAAAUAGCCAUGGCUAACGUGAAGAUGGGGUAGAUAGAAUAGACCUUGAGGGACCUGUUCGUAGUUUACAGCAGUGGCCAAGCAUGUGAAAUAAUAGCUUGAAUGCUAGUGGUUAUAGGGAAAGUAAAGGAGUGGCCAGACCCACUGGAUUUGCUGAUGUAGUAAGGUAGAGGCAGGGGCAAGACCCAGCAAUCAUACUCUGGUAAGGUCUGAAGAAUGAAUUUAUAAAAAUUCACACUUUACCAUUUCUCUAGAUCUUCCCGGAGUGUGAUUGUUGGGUCUUGCCCUUUGCUAGGGAGCAGAGAGGAGACAGGUAGGGUAUGGUUUAGUGAUGGGCUUUAGUAAGGUCACCACAGACCAGCCUGCUGGAGGUUAACUUUACCUAGGGUCUUGUAAAGGUUGGAUCCUGGUCAUCCAGAAGGGUUGUAAGUGGCUUUGGGGAGCUCAUUGGGAGAUACUGAGCAGGACUACAUGGGGCAAGUCUGUGAUGAUGAAACCCUAAGCAGGCUCCACAACCAUUCCAGAGCGGGUGAUGGGGGAAGUAAUGGCUAACUCUCUACUAAGUGGGGAUGAUAUACUCAGGUGUCCCAGGCCACUGACCAAAGCCUUGUGAGGUUUUGAAUGACAGCUGUACUUGUGUUUUUAUCUUGACUGUUUCCAGUUUAAGCAGUGAAUACCUUUUACCCCGGCUGCCCUGCAGGUAUGUUUCUUGGGCAAAUGGGGAGACUGAGUGAACAAGAAAGUAAAAUAAUAUGCCCCAGAAGCAAGUGUCAGGUUGAAGAUAUGAGUUGGGGUCUUUGGAGUGUGUUUUGCUAACUCACUCAUUGUAGCCAGAGAUUGUUCGUUCAUUUCCUGGCUGCCCAGACCUGAAUAAUCACACAGAAACUAUAUUAAUUACAAUACUGUUUGGCCUAUUAGCUCAGGCUUCUUAUUAACUAACCCUUACAUCUUAAAUUAACCAUUCCUGUUCUUCUGUGUAUAGCCACGAAACUGUGGCUUACCCAGUAAGGUUCCAGCAUCUGGCUCCUUCGGCAGCUACGUGGUGUCUCCUUGACUCUGCCUACUCUCUCUAUUUUUCCAGCCUGGCUAUAUUCUGCUCUGCCAUAGGCCAAAGCAGUUUUAUUCAUUAAACAAUAAGAGUAACACAUAUACAAAAGGACAUCCCACAUCAACUCAUGGAGGUGGCAGUGAAUCUUGGAACUGGGCUUUCUCUGAGACUACUCACCAGGGACCACUUGGCCCCUUUCACUUCAGCAUCUGCAUUUAACCACCAGCUUUCAGUCUUUGUUUGCUCUUCAAGGUGAUUUUGCACUGGUGAUGGUGAUUGAGUGACUCUUUGAUUAGUCUUCCUCAGAAUUGUGUGUGCCAAGCCAGGGUGGUAAGAAGGUACACUUAAGGGAAUAGGCCUUGCUUGGUGCCCUAUUUUCACAGGAAUUUGUGGAGCGGUCAUGGCCUCUAAGAUAGUGUCUGCUCCUGGGGAAUCAUCGACUUUCUAGAAGAAGGCAAGCCUUGGACUCUUCACUGGGCAGCUCCCUGCAUCACCUGGGCAGAUGGGCAAGCAGGAGACCUGGUCAGCCCUGCACAAGUUGCUGUACAGAAACCUGUGGCCUUCCUGAUGGAAAGUCUAGGGGCCCCUGCCGGAGAACAGGCCACCUCCAGGCCUCAUGCUGUACCUGUUGGCCUCUGCCAUCAUGGCCAGAAGGGAUUGACUGAGGUGUUUGCUUGGAGGUGUCCCUGUGGUAUAGGCCACCAUCAGAUCCCUUGUGCUUCCAGGUGUCAUUGCAGCCUGAAAUGUGGCCUCAGAAGGAGCACUUUGUGGCAGAAGUCUGAGGAUGCUAUUGCUGAGCCAAAUCAAGAGGCUACCAGCAAGGGUCAGGGACAGGAAAAAGGAACUGUCUGGCCAGGUUGCUUGCCAUUGGCCACAGCAAGGGCAGCAUAGGAUCGGGCAUCUGGAACAGUUGUCUAGGCCUGACCUGGGUCUAGUAGCAAAUGUAUGUGGCUUUCCCUGCCAGGGCUGUGAGUGUCCCCAGAAGCAGCUGCAGUUCAUGGACCAGUUGUUGGAUAUGAUACAGAGCCUGGCCACUGGAUGCUCCAAUAAUUCUAGCCUGAAGGAACACAUCGAAGACUCCACAAAGAAAAAUGAGGCCUUGCUGGGGGAGCUCUUCUCCAGCCCCAACCUGUGGGCAAUCUUGAAGCCUGAGAAUGACCCAUGGCCCCUGGACAUGCAGUCCUCUCUCAACAAGCAAUGUGAUGACCUGCCAGAGGCUGGCCCCGAUGCUCAGUCAGAGGGAGAGAAGGUGGCAGAUCUGGCCAGGCAGCUGCAGGAGAGUGCUAGUAAGCUUCAGACACUCCGAGACCAGUGCUUUGCAUGGCAUAAAGCAGGGACUGACAGCAGUUCCGUAGAUCAGAAGCUUCGUCUGGUCAUCUCUGACUUCUACCAGCUCAUUUUGGCCUUCCUCCAAGUCUAUGAUGAUGAGCUGGGACAGUGCUGCCAGCGCCCAGUACCCAGCCUGCACCCAAGUGGCCCCAUCAUCCAAGCUGUCUAUCAGACUCUGGCUUCCUGUGGUCAAUUGUUGAGAGUCGUUAUGGAGAUUGCAGACACCUCUGCUGAAGCUAUGGAAGCAGUGCGGAAGCAACAAGGAGAUCCAAACUGUUGGGGCAGCAGCAACUCUGGGAUAAGUCUAGCUGCAAGGAUUGAUGAAGUAACACAGAAGUACAAGAUCCUCACCGACAGAUUGCACAGAGACACAAGAUAAUGUGGGGGUAGAAGGCCCUCCCUGGAGCUUUUGGGGGGGCAGAUCCAGUUCUGUUCAUGGCCUGCAUGAAUUUCCACUUGCUUGGUAUCCGCAAUUUGGAGGAAAAAGAAGAAGAGGGAGGUGGAGAAGGCAGGCAGAGAUGGGUAGUACAGGGGAGCUAGAAAUAAAAGAAACAUUAUGUUCUGAGAA